AUGAACAUCGACAGAAACGUCAUGCUCAAGUCAUAUCGACAGCUACAUCGCAAACAAUGUAUAUCGACAGAAACAUCAUGCUCAAGUCAUAUCGACAGCUACUUUGCAAACAACUUAUAUAGACAGAUACAUAAUGGACAAGUCAAUCGACAGCUUUAUGCAAACAACUCAAAUCAACAGUUGAAUGUGAACAACUCAUACAGACAGCUACAUGUCAACAACUCAUACAUACAGAUACAUGUGAACAACUCAUACAGACAGCUACAUGUGAACAACUCAUACAGACAGCUACAUGUGAACAACUCAUACCGACAGCUACAUGUGAACAACUCAUACAUACAGCUACAUGUGAACAACUCAUACAUACAGCUACAUGUCAACAACUCAUACAGACAGCUACAUGUGAACAACUCAUACAUACAGCUACAUGUGAACAACUCAUACAGACAGCUACAUGUGAACAACUCAUACAGACAGCUACAUGUCAACAACUCAUACAUACAGCUACAUGUGAACAACUCAUACAGACAGCUACAUGUGAACAACUCAUACAUACAGCUACAUGUCAACAACUCAUACAGACAGCUACAUGUGAACAACUCAUACAUACAACUACAUGUGAAGAACCCAUACAGACAGCUACAUGUGAACAACUCAUACAGUCAGCUACAUGUGAACAACUCAUACAGACAGCUACAUUUAACCAACGCAUACAGACAGCUACAUGUGAACAACUCAUACAUACAGCUACAUGUGAACAACUCAUACUGUCAGCUACAUGUCAACAACUCAUACAUACAGCUACAUGUCAACAACUCAUACAGACAGCUACAUGUCAACAACUCAUACAGACAGCUACAUGUCAACAACUCAUACAGACAGCUACAUGUGAACAACUCAUACAGACAGCUACAUGUGAACAAUUCAUACAGACAGCUACAUGUGAACAAUUCAUACAGACAGCUACAUGUGAACAAUUCAUACAGACAGCUACAUGUGAACAAUUCAUACAGACAGCUACAUGUGAACAACUCAUACAGACAGCUACAUGUCAACAACUCAUACAGACAGCUACAUGUCAACAACUCAUACAGACAACUACAUGUCAACAACUCAUACAGACAACUACAUGUCAACAACUCAUACAGACAACUACAUGUCAACAACUCAUACAGACAACUACAUGUCAACAACUCAUACAUACAACUACAUGUCAACAACUCAUACAGACAGCUACAUGUCAACAACUCAUACAGACAGCUACAUGUCAACAACUCAUACAGACAGCUACAUGUCAACAACUCAUACAGACAGCUACAUGUGAACAACUCAUACAGACAGCUACAUGUCAACAACUCAUACAUACAGCUACAUGUGAACAACUCAUACAGACAGCUACAUGUCAACAACUCAUACAGACAGCUACAUGUCAACAACUCAUACAGACAGCUACAUGUCAACAACUCAUACAUACAGCUACAUGUCAACAACUCAUACAUACAGCUACAUGUCAACAACUCAUACAGACAGCUACAUGUCAACAACUCAUACAGACAGCUACAUGUGAACAACUCAUACAGACAGCUACAUGUGAACAACUCAUACAGACAGCUACAUGUCAACAACUCAUACAGACAGCUACAUGUCAACAACUCAUACAGACAGCUACAUGUCAACAACUCAUACAGACAGCUACAUGUCAACAACUCAUACAGACAGCUACAUGUCAACAACUCAUACAGACAGCUACAUGUCAACAACUCAUACAGACAGCUACAUGUCAACAACUCAUACAGACAGCUACAUGUCAACAACUCAUACAGACAGCUACAUGUGAACAACUCAUACAGACAGCUACAUGUCAACAACUCAUACAGACAGCUACAUGUCAACAACUCAUACAGACAGCUACAUGUCAACAACUCAUACAGACAGCUACAUGUGAACAACUCAUACAGACAGCUACAUGUGAACAACUCAUACAGACAGCUACAUGUCAACAACUCAUACAGACAGCUACAUGUGAACAACUCAUACAGACAGCUACAUGUGAACAACUCAUACAGACAGCUACAUGUGAACAACUCAUACAUACAGCUACAUGUCAACAACUCAUACAUACAGCUACAUGUGAACAACUCAUACAGACAGCUACAUGUCAACAACUCAUACAGACAGCUACAUGUCAACAACUCAUACAGACAGCUACAUGUCAACAACUCAUACAUACAGCUACAUGUCAACAACUCAUACAUACAGCUACAUGUCAACAACUCAUACAGACAGCUACAUGUCAACAACUCAUACAGACAGCUACAUGUCAACAACUCAUACAGACAGCUACAUGUCAACAACUCAUACAGACAGCUACAUGUCAACAACUCAUACAGACAGCUACAUGUCAACAACUCAUACAGACAGCUACAUGUCAACAACUCAUACAGACAGCUACAUGUCAACAACUCAUACAGACAGCUACAUGUCAACAACUCAUACAGACAGCUACAUGUCAACAACUCAUACAGACAGAUACAUAUGACCAACUCAUACAGACAGAUACAUGUCAACAACUCAUACAGACAGCUACAUGUCAACAAAUCAUACAGACAGCUACAUGUCAACAACUCAUACAGACAGCUACAUAUGAACAACUCAUACAGACAGCUACAUGUGAACAACUCAUACAGACAGCUACAUGUGAACAACUCAUACAGACAGCUACAUAUGACCAACUCAUACAGACAGCUACAUGUCAACAACUCAUACAGACAGCUACAUGUCAACAACUCAUACAGACAGCUACAUGUGAACAACUCAUACAGACAGCUACAUGUCAACAACUCAUACAGACAGCUACAUGUCAACAACUCAUACAGACAGUUACAUGUGAACAACUCAUACAGACAGCUACAUGUGAACAACUCAUACAGACAGCUACAUGUGAACAACUCAUACAGACAGCUACAUGUCAACAACUCAUACAGACAGCUACAUGUCAACAACUCAUACAGACAGCUACAUGUCAACAACUCAUACAGACAGCUACAUGUCAACAACUCAUACAGACAGCUACAUGUCAACAACUCAUACAUACAACUACAUGUCAACAACUCAUACAGACAGCUACAUGUCAACAACUCAUACAGACAGCUACAUGUCAACAACUCAUACAGACAGCUACAUAUGACCAACUCAUACAGACAGCUUCAUGUGAACAACUCAUGCAGACAGCAACUCAUAUUUCCAGCUACUUGUGAGUGA